GUUUGUUUUGAUCCCGCAGGAUUUAGUUAAAUUUCUUAAGAAUCUCUCCGUUUUUGUCGAAUAUCCAUUACGAAAAUGAAUCCUACACUAAUAGCCGUUAUCAUCUCUAUUUUGUUUAGCUCAGCCCUCGCCAUAUGUUGCUAUCAGUGUUCCUCACCGACGGAUCCCAAGGGAGUGGACAAUUGUGGCGCAUACAAGAAAUUCAAUCGAACGCAGAAUAUUGCCAUCAAGUGCAACAGCGAUGAGUCAAACAUGCCGGGUUCGUUCUGCAUGAAGGUGGUACAUCAGAGCCCUCGAGGAUUUAUCUGGGACGGCCGAUGGCGUCAGGUGAUCCGACGGUGCGCCUCGGUAUCGGAAACUGGUGUCACCGGCGUGUGCAACUGGGGCGUCUACGAGAACGGGGUCUACUGGGAGGAGUGCUAUUGUUGUUGCUGCCAAUGGAAUGGAAGGAUCGGAGCCCUUCUGUCCGAUUGCAUAUAUGUAUCUGCUCAGGCACAGGCAUAAACUUUUCCAGUGUUUUUACUUUCUGUACCGGGCAGCGGAGCGUUUGUCGGUUUGUUUUCUGCUGCCGCAGUACCCAUGGUAAUGCAGGUGUUUAACAGUGUACAAUACCAUGGUGGUAAAAUUUUGAUCUACGCGUGCUGGAGUAUAUUCACAAUACUUGCGCGCUGAUGAGUAUCUGUAUUACACUAGUAGGGACAAUAUGCAAUACAAAGUUCCAUUCGCUAGCCUAGCAUUGCGCACAUCAGAUUGUGAAGUUGUUUGACCAGUAUGGUGGUAGCGGUUCAAUCCAAUAAUACUGGAAACCAACAUUGCAUAACAAUUAAACCCAUUUUUUUU